AUGGCCGACGGAACUAGAGCAGCGGAAGUUCGAAAAUUUGAGGAGGCAUUGAGAUCAUUGAAGGAAGCAAACGAGAAGAAUGCCGCAGACAUUGGGGAAAUCAAGAAUUCCCUCAACGAUUUGGGUGAUAUCAAGGAAUUGAUUGCGGCCAUGAGCGUAAAGUACGAUCAGAUGGCAGGCCACGUUUACGGGAAGUCGCAUCAGAACCCGAAUGGAGGAUUUCGCAUGGAUCGUCAAGAACCAAAUGGCGGAUUUCGCACGGAUCGUCAAGAACCAUCAGGAUUUUCUCAGUUAGGGUUUCAAGCUCUUGGGGAUCAUCCCCUAAGGUCAGAACAUCAAACCCAUGCGCCAUUUACCUUUAAUCAGAGACAUGCAAAGAUUGAAUUUCCUCGUUUCUAUGGCGACAAUCCACACGGGUGGCUCUAUAAAUGUGAACGAUAUUUUGAGUACAAUGCUGUUGAUAAUCUAGAUAGAGUCAAACUGGCAUCCUUGCAUUUAGAAGAUUCCUCACUCCAGUGGUUUCAAUGGUUUCAAAAAUGCCAUCAUUAUAUUACUUGGGAAUUGUUUACACAAGGUUUGUUAUCAAGAUUUGGUCCUAACUCGUAUGAAGACGCAAUGGGGGACUUAACCAAAUUACGGCAGACCAGCACUGUGAGAGCUUACCAAGAACAGUUUGAGAUCUUGGCAAAUAAGACCCAAAAUCUUCCUGAAACUUUUUUUGUUAGCUGCUUCAUUAGUGGUCUCAAGGAUGAAAUCCAACCAGGAGUGUUAAUGUUUCGACCAACUUCUAUUACCCAAGCAAUAGGGUUGGCCAAAUUACAAGAAACCAGUAUUGAAGCAAUUACUAAGAAAACUAGGUUGGGAUUCAAAUCAGAGGGGAAUCCUCCCUUUAUAAACAGAUCAUCUAUGGGUAGUGGAAGCAGUGGAGGUUUUGUGAGGAAGGAGUUUUCUAAAGAAAUGGAGGAAAAGAGGGCAAAAGGGUUAUGCUUUAAGUGCAGUGAGAAGUACACUAAGGGACACGUGUGUAAAAAGAAGCAACUGUUUGUGCUGGAAGGAGAAGAAGAUGAGCAAAUACCAACACCAAUUCUUGAAGAAGACAUAGAGGAAGGAGAGGAGCAGUUGUCUGGAGAGGAACCUCAGAUUUCUUUAAAUGCUCUAACUGGUUCAAUCUCCUACAGAACCAUGAGGGUCAAAGGAAAUGUUAAGAAAAAGCUUAUUAUAAUCUUGAUAGAUUCGGGAAGUACUCAUAACUUUUUAAAUCCAGAAGUGGUUAAGAGGGCUAACAUUAAAACUGAGGACACUGAUUCAUUACCAGUGUCAGUAGCUGAUGGUACAAGGAUGCUGAGCACAGCCAUGUGCAAGAACUUCCAAUGGGAAAUGCAAGGGGCCAAAUUUCAUGCUGACAUGAGGAUUUUGCAGUUAAAAGGAUGUGAUAUGGUCUUAGGCAUUCAGUGGUUGGCAACUUUAGGGCCAGUCAAAUGGGAUUUUACAAAUCUCAGCAUGGAAUUUCACCUCAAUGGCAGAAAGCAUGUACUAAGGGGAGGAAAGAAUGAUGAGCUAAAGAUUGAGCCAAAGGAACUCCCACCCCCUAGGUCACAUGACCACUGCAUUCCUCUCAAGCUGGGAACUGAACCAACAAAUGUGAGGCCUUACAGGUACCCCUACUUCCAAAAAACUGAGAUUGAGAAACAAGUAAAGGAAAUGCUUAAUUCUGGAAUUAUAAGGCCUAGCGUUAGUCCAUAUUCUUCACCGGUUCUUUUGGUUAAGAAAAAAGAUGGCACUUGGAGGAUGUGUGUGGAUUACAGGGCACUAAAUAAUGCCACAGUUAAAGAUAAAUUUCCCAUACCAGUCAUAGAUGAGCUUUUGGAUGAAUUAUGUGGGGCAAAGUUCUUUUCUAAGUUAGAUCUCAGGUCAGGUUACCACCAAAUAAGGGUUCACUCUUCUGACAUUGACAAAACUGCAUUUAGGACUCAUGAUGGUCAUUAUGAAUUCUUAGUAAUGCCUUUUGGGCUUACUAAUGCCCCUUCCACUUUUCAAAGCCUAAUGAAUGAAGUCUUUCGGCCUUACUUGAGGAAAUUCAUUUUAGUAUUCUUUGAUGAUAUCUUAGUAUACAGCCAGUCUUGGGAGACUCACUUGCAACACUUACGGCUUGCUUUGCAGCUACUUAGACACCAACAAUUGUUUGCUAAGAUAACUAAAUGUGUGUUUGGCAAGACAGAGGUUGAAUAUUUGGGACACUUAGUGUCAGCCAAGGGUGUUUCAGCUGAACCAACUAAGCUUCAAGCCAUUAACUCCUGGCCAGAACCAACUAAUAUCAAAGAGCUGAGAGGAUUUUUGGGAAUCACUGGUUAUUAUAGGAGGUUCAUUCAGAAUUACAGUAGAAUAUGCUCUCCACUUCACUCUUUGCUCAAGAAAGACUCUUUUGUAUGGACUCCAGCAGUCACCACAGCUUUCCUUCAACUUAAAACUGCAAUGACUUCUACCCCAGUACUAGCCCUGCCCAACUACAGCAAGUCCUUUGUUGUAGAGUCAGAUGCCUCUGGAACAGGACUGGGUGCUGUACUCAUGCAAGAUGGGCAUCCCAUUGCUUAUUGGAGUAAGGGAAUUUCUACAAGAGACAUAGCUCUUUCUACUUAUGAGAAGGAAUUGAUGGCAGUGGUAUUGGCAGUAUUGAAAUGGAAGCAUUAUCUGUUGGGAAGACAUUUUCUUAUAAGAACAGAUCACCAAAGUCUUAAGUAUCUCUUGGAACAGAGAGUGGGAACACCUUUUCAACAAAAAUGGAUAACCAAGCUAUUGGGUUUUGAUUAUACUAUAGUAUACAAAUGUGGAAAGGAUAAUCAGGCUGCUGAUGCUUUGUCAAGAAAAGGGGAGUUAAUCAAUUCUGCAGAUCCAAUAGCCAUGAUUCAUGCAUUAUCUUGUGUUUCUACCAGUUGGUUGGGAGAGGUAAAGCACAGUUGGGAGGCAGAUGCUAACAUCCAACAGUUGAUUUUGGACCUUCAACAAGGUCAAGCUCAUGUUGGUUAUGCUUGGGCACAUGACCUUCUGACAUACCAUGGCAGGCUAGUAGUAGGGGAUUCUCCACUCAAAAGGCAACUCAUUCAGGAAUUCCACUCUUCAUCCUUGGGAGGUCAUUCAGGAAUCAGCAAAACAACAAAAAGAUUGCACAAGAAUUUCUAUUGGAAGGGACUCCAGCAGGAUGUGGCACAUUUUAUCUCUGAAUGUGAUACAUGUCAGAGGUAUAAAAGUGAAAAUGUGAAGUACCCAGGAUUAUUGCAACCUCUCCCCAUUCCUGAAAGGAUUUGGACUGACAUUUCAAUGGAUUUUAUUGAUGGUUUACCAGCUUCUCAAGGCAAGACUGUGAUUUUUGUGGUGGUGGACAGACUGACAAAAUAUGGACACUUCAUGGCUCUAUCACACCCUUAUACAGCUAAAGAUGUGGCCAAGGUAUUCUUUGAUCAAGUGUUUAAGUUGCAUGGUCUUCCUUCUACCAUUGUGUCAGAUAGAGAUGCUGUGUUUACUAGCCAUUUCUGGCAUGAACUUUUCACUUUGCAAGGCUGUAAAUUGUGUCUUAGCACUGCGUACCAUCCACAAACAGAUGGCCAAACUGAGAUCCUGAACAAAUGUUUGGAGAAUUACCUUAGGUGUAUGACUGGGGACUGCCAUAGGCAGUGGGCUAAAUGGCUCCCACUAGCUGAGUGGUGGUAUAACACUACUUAUCAUUCAGCUACCAAGACCACUCCUUAUUUUGCAGUUUAUGGGCAAGAGCCUCCUGACCACACUUUUUGCAUUUCCAAACCUUCUUUAGUGGCAGUGGUGGAUAAUUGGGUAACCGAAAGGGCUGCUAUCAUCAAACACUUAAGGGAGCACCUAUCUCAAGCACAACAUAGGAUGAAACACUAUGCUGAUAAGGGCAGAUCUGAAAGGGAAUUUGCAGUUGGAGAUUGGGUGUUUCUCAGGUUACAACCAUACAAGCAAACUACAAUGGCUUUACAAAGGAAUAUGAAAUUAGCCCCACGAUUUUAUGGCCCAUAUCAGGUGUUGGAAAGGGUUGGAACAGUGGCAUAUAAGCUACAGCUACCAGCAGCUGCAAAAGUUCAUCCAGUAUUCCAUGUUUCAUUGCUCAAGAAGAAACUAGGGGCUAAUAUGGUAGCUCACACUACUCUUCCCCCAGUUGGUCCUGAAGGAGCCUUGCAAUUGGAACCUAUGGCAGUCUUGCAUAGGAGGAUGGUUAAACGUGGUAACAAAGCUGUGAUUCAGUGGUUAGUGCAGUGGGUGAACUCUUUUCCUGAGGAUGCUACUUGGGUUGACCAUUCAGAGAUUGAAGCCAAGUACCCCCAGUUCCAGCCUUGA